CUUGAGAACUACUCUAAGAUGGUUAUCUUCUCUAAGAAGGCGUAGUCUUUUUAUCCUAAACCUUGAUGGAUAAUCCGCAAGUACACGGUGAUGAUGUUGUAAAUAUCGCGAAUUAUUUGUUGAAUGAUUUAAAGAAUAGCUAUCAGAUCUGGGAAGACCUAGUUUCAAAAUGUACCAAAUUUCACUCAGCUCUAAAGGUCGCCACCCAGGCAUCGUCUGCGUUUUUGGACACAUUUCAAAAGGUAGCGGACCUUGCUACCAAGACGUUUGGAGGUAGCAAAGAAAUUGGUGCUUGUCUGACCCGUUACUGUAUGCGCCAAAAAAGCCUAGAGUCCAAAGUAAAAUCCAUGAGCAAUCAUUUGGUCACUAGUCUUGCCAACCCUCUCAAUUCAAAAGUAGAUGAAUGGAGACGUAAUUUGUGUCAGUUAGAGAAGGACCGAAAUCGUCAAACUAAAAGGGUUCGUGCAGAAUUGAAGAAAGCUUUAUCUGAAGCACAAAAGUGGGAGAAGAAGGCCUCUAAAGUCGGUGUUACUAGUGGAAGUGGUGUGGGACCUGGUGUAGGCCACGGUAUCAUACCUUCGGCAAACCUUGCGUGCUCCAAUUCUGAAUUGAAUGCAAUUAGUGUACAAACUGCCAAGGCUACUCGUGAAGUUGGAAUCAAGAAAGAAUUAGUUGAAAACACCGAGAAAUCUGCUAUUCGUUUGUUGCUACUUGAGGAACGAAGCAGGUUUUGUUUUUUCGUCUCUUGUCUUCUUCCAAUACUUGAGUGUCAAUCAAGUAUGUUAAAUGAAAUAGCCACUAUGGAUGAACUUAUUAAGACUCUAACAAAAGAAACUGAGUUUCCGGAUCAGUUGGCUGAGGACGUAGAGUCUAUUGUACUAAGAAUGGGACGACGUGAUAUUUCUGCUUCUCGAGGUAGCAGUAAAAUUAUGUCGGUUUUCGUACCAGAUAGUGGAGAUAAGAUGAGCAAUAUCAAUGAAGUUUUAGGAGGUUUGUUCAUGACUAAUGGUAAUCGAAGCGUUGUCAAUUCAAGCGACACAGAGUCUAGCUGUCAUGGUGCCGACAUGAUGUUACAAUAUCAAAUUUGCCGUAACUCACAUGCGGUUGGUCGAUGCAAUUCUGUGUGUGAUAGCGCCGAUAUUUCUCUCUGUGGAGCCAGUUCACAUAGUGGUAGUGGGGGAAGCAAUUGUCCAUCUCUUUUGUCUCCUACACGUAGUAAUGUUGCUCAUUUGGGCAGUCGUGAAUCUAGUAUUAUUUCUGUGGAUAGUGUAGCCUCAGGAAGUGGCAAUGCAAAUUCUACAUAUUCUACUGGAAUGUCAAAUACAAACAUACCACAUUCUGAUCCUGAAGAAACACAAUUUAAAACUUUGUGCCGACCAGGUCAUUGUCGAGCUGCAAGCAAUGGAGAUAAUGAUUUUCCCAAAAAUUACUUAAAAAAUGGUUUUCAUCAUGAUAAAAUAGAUUCGUCUAUGAUAGCUAAAUCUAUGAUUGCUUUCAGUGCACAAUCUCAAUUUAUUGACAAUAAUAAUAAUAAUAAUAAUAAUAAUAAUAAUAAUAAUAAUAAUAAUAAUAUAAAUGUCACUACGAAUGGUCAGAACUAUGCUCCGAAAAGAGAUGAUGACAAUGAAGUUGAAAAUAUGAAAAAGACUGACAAUGGAAGUAAACUAGAAAUGAAAACUGGUGAUGAUGAUGAUGAUGAUGAUGACGACGACGAGGAUGAUGCAAAUCAUGGUGAUAGUAAUGAUGAAGAUGGUGAUGGUGGAGAAUAUGUGGAAGUAGGCAGUGAUUCUGACAAUAAACGUGCAUAUCUAUCAAAUAAUCCUUCGUCUCCUUCUUUAUCCAAUUCUAUUAAUCAACAUUUUCCGCCGGAAAACUAUCCAUCUAAUACUACUGCUACCACUAGUAAUCCUCCAAUUCCAAAUAGUGGUCGUCAUACAAUCAGUUCUGCGUAUGAACGAGGAGGUCAUGCACCAACAAGAGCUUCUGUGACUUCUCUGUCUUUCAAUCCACCCGUCGGUAAAGCUUCUUCCAAAGAUAGUGGUGUUGAUUCGUCCACUGUACUCUACCCGAAACAAGCUGUACCACCACCAGUCUAUACAAAUCUCAUUCAAUUGGCACAUGCAGCACAACGUAAAUUUUCCAUGUCACAAUUACCAAUUGUUCAUUCAUAUGAAAAUGUCGAUAAUGCAUUAGAUAAACUUCGUUUCUCUAAAACUGAUAUGAUCAAUAGUCAACAUCAACAACAACAACAACAAGCUAUUCAUAAUCAAUCAUCAAAUAGUUAUUCAAUAUCUACGAAUUCACAACAAACUCAUCAUACAACAACAACAGUUUUAUCGAAUACUACUACUACUACUACUAGUAAUAUAAAUAAUUGUAAUUGGUCUGUUUCAAGUAGUUUAAAUAAACUUGAUUUAACUGAUUCAAUUGUUAAUCAAAUACAUUAUGAUGAAGAAGCAAAAUAUGCUAAUCCUUCAACAAUAUUACAAUGUCAACUUGAAAAAUUAGCUAAUUGUAAAAAUUUAUCUAAUUCAUGUCAUAGUUCAAAAACUUGUUUAAAUACUGUUUCAAUGUCUAAUGUCGUCACUUCGACUGUUAACUCUUCUAUCCUUGCUGUUGAUAAUAAUGGUAAACAUUUGUAUCAAAGAAGUGAAUCAGAUCCGUUCAGUAUGGAAAUAGAUGAACUUGAUCAAAUUAUGCCAGUUAAUAACAUUCAUACUAUGACCUUAAAUAGAAUGUUUCCGAAAUGUUUACAUCAUCAACUAACUGGAACAUUACCUAGUCAUAAGAAAUUCUUAUCGAGACUAACUAACAGUUCAUCAGUUAACAAUAGUUGUUUCUGUAUUGGUAAUGCUGUAUCAAAAUGUAGUUCAUUCUGCGAUCAGAAUUCUUUAUCUAACUGUCAUCACUAUCAUCAUGAUGAAGAUGUGUUCGAGUCUACUGAAAAAGUAGACUGUAAGCAAGAUUUCUAUACACCACAGUUGUAUACUCAAAAGAAAUUAUUACCGUGUGAAGAAAAUCCUCAUCAACAUUCACUUGAUCCUAACUCUUCUGAAUCCAUUGUGGAAAAGGUACAUGGGACUACGGUUGAUAAUUGUCAUUCACCUAUUAAUCAUAGUUUGGUUAUACAACAAACCUCAUCUAACCAAGCCAAUUAUUCAUUUUCUUCUCCUACUAACAAUAAAUCUCCACCACCGCCAAUACUACCGAAACCUGUUCAUUUAAAGCAUCAUCAUGCAAUAAGUCAGUGUUAUGUAAAUCGAAAAACACCAUCGCAGAUGUCACGUCCAUGUCCACCACCUCGAACUUGUAGUACUUUAAGUUCACAUGGUUGUUUAACAAGAACGUCUGGUGUUAGUAUGCCAUGUGAUUUAAAUAAACCUCAUCCAUCAUCAUCAUCAUCAUCAUGUAAAAUUUACGACUAUGAGAAUGAUAAUUAUUCAUAUGAAGGAUCCAGUCGUGGUUCAUCACUUACAAUGGCUAGUUCAACAACAAAUGAUUCAUUGCCUAGUUCAAAUGGUAGCCCAGCGUUAACAAGUUAUAAUGCCAAUGCAAAUAAUAAUACUAAUAACAGUGAGACUCGAAGAUCAUUUUCAUCAAACCCGAACUCAAUGAGCAACAAUGAACAACAAAUAUUAGAGAAUAAAUCACACUAUGCAAACCCUGUGAUCAUAAACCAAUCACAAUGCCCUACUACUUCAAGUCAAGUGUUCAACCUUUUAGGACAAUCAACAUUGGCUAGUAAUCAAGUUUGUAUGAAUAUCAAUCAAGCUAACAUGAAUCCUCAAACUGUCUGUGAAGCGAAAGCCAUUUCAAACGAAAAGGCUCCAAAUCCUCCUCCUCCACCGCCGCCACCACCACCACCACCACCUCCACCUCCCUUACCUAUAUUCUCACCAGUAUCGUCAAAUAAUUCGUCAACACCUCAUCCAUCACUUGGAGAAGCGACUUGUUCAAAACCUUCCGAUUACGAUAGAAAUUCGGCAGCUGAUUUAGUCUCUAUAGAAACUGCUAAUCUUAUGUCUGAAUUAUCCUCACAGUUGCAACAACUUGCUGCACGAUCAAACAAUGUGAACGUUUCAAAAUCAAAGUCGAAUUUUACAACGAACAAUAUAUCUCACAAGGAAUGCAUAAAACCUGAUGAAUUCGAUCUGCCUCCACCACCGCCUUCUUCUAUGUUUACGGAACAAUACUGCACUGGAUCAGACUGUCCUCCUAAUCGAACUACUAAUUUUGGUAGUACUUCUGCAAGUAGUACUACUGUUAAUAAUAAUAAUAAUAAUAGCACUGAUGAAGUGAUUGAUAAUGAUUCUGAUAAAAAUCUAUCACCAUUUUUAUUAGCAUUAAAACAAAGUGUGAAACAACGAGCUGAUCGUUUAGCUGCUGAAAAUUCAACAAUUAAUUGAACAGUGAAUUUCUGAACAUGGUGCUAUAAAUGUUAAUAAUGAUCACCUCAUUGUUAUUUCUCGAAAAUAUCAAUAUUUUUUGUCAUACAGAUUGGGGAUUGAUCUUUGAGACAUAGUGAGAAGGUUCUCAUGCUAAAAUUUGUGUAUCAGUUGCGGUACUCAACCACACCCGUUCGCACUUGUUUCUCGGGAAACUCCGUCAAUGAUGUUCGAUAUUUAUCUUUUCCUCAUUCUUAUACUCAUUGUCAUCGCCAUCAUCAGUACACACGUUUAAUUUUAUUGACAUAUAGGAAGAAACAUACUUCUUAUACGCAUACUAAUGUUUUCUUAUCGGUGUUGCUGUAGGUGUUGAUUUCAUCAUCCCACAAGUCGGACCUAUUUCAACAUGACUGCAGCUUUCAUUUCCGCCUAAGUCAUAUUUUUUUCCUACUCUACGUGUAAAUAUAAAUGUAAAAUUAUUAUUUUGUAUGAUCAAUAUGUGACUUUUUCUUUUGCUAAUGUUAUUCUCGUCUUUAUUUCUUCACACAAGUAUCCAUAUGAAAAUAUAUUUACAAACUUCAUGCUUAUCAUCAUCAUGGUAAUAACUCUAAUAAGUACUGUCUCUUAUUGUUUUACUCCACUAUCAUAAACCGAUGUCAGACUUUUCGACUGCUUAUCGCUAACCAUUACUAGUUACAUAAAAACGCUUCUGUGUAUCUGUUUUUAUGAAACUCUCUUUUCUCUUAUGACAACAAUGAAGGAAUAUUUUUCAAGAAAUAAAGAAAACCGGUUAUUAUUAAAUAUUUCUUACUGAUUGAUUAACACUGUUUACUUUCAUAAAUAAUCUGACCAUCCAUUCAAUUUAAAAUCAUGUUCAACAGAGAUUUGAAUACAGAUACACGUUUAUGUACAUUUUUAAAAAUUCAUCUGUUCGUAAUCAUAGGAGAAGUUAACACAUUCAAAUUUCAAAGAAAGAUCUACUGUUAUUACUAUUACUGGCACACUUCUUUAAGUUUGUACGCCUAUUAUGUUUUUUUUUUUUUUUAAAUUUUGUUUCCAUUUCAAACAACACCAGAUAGUGAAAAUGUAUGUAGAUGACAGAUAGCGAUUUUUCUAGGAAUAAAAGAAAACAACUGAAAACAAAUCUUCUCAGAUAUAUAUAUCUUAAUUUCUAUUAUUACCAUAACUAGUAUUACUUUUUAAUGUUAGAAUUAUUUUAUUACCAUACAUACUUCAGAGUGUUGAUAUUCUUAUCUACGGUGUUUGUUCUGUUAAGAAAGUUCUGAUGACAUUGCUACAUUGUUCCAUUGUCUUCAUUUGUGUCCAGCCAUAGACUCAUAUUGCUAUGCUAUACUAUUUUACAUUGUCACUGUUUAUCUGACGACUGUUUGUUUAACUAUGUGCGCAGUAUAUCUGUAGUUGUCUUUUGGUGUGAUUUCAUACUAUUUUCCUCUUAGGUAUACAGGCAAACCAUAUUAAAUCAUGGUUAGAUAAAUUUAUUACUGUUGUUUUCUUUGAAAAAAUUUUUUCUAAUUCACUUUGUGGUAUUACAUUACAAUAAGAUUGUACUUGAUAAUUGAAUAAUGAAAUGAGGCUCCCUCAUACAUUCUCUUUGAGGACGAUUUUAAAGUACCUUAUUUGCAUAUUAUAGGCAGAUAUUUAUUAUAUAUAUACAUAUAUACACUACUUGACAAUGUUUUUUUCUAUACCAGAUGUUUUGAUGUCAACAUGCUGCAUUUUACCUUAUUUAACUUGAUUGUUUAUGGAAAAAAAAUGAAGAAAUAUUGUGU